CUCAUAUAAACACUCUCUUCCUUCCAUUCCAUACGCAGCAUCUAUCUAAGCAUCAAAAUGGAGAAAUCACUAGAGACAGAGCAUCCCAUCAAGGCCUACGGAUACGCUGCCAAAGACACCUCUGGAACCUUCUCACCCCUCACCUUCUCCAGAAGAGCUACAGGGGAUAACGACGUUAGAUUCAAAGUUUUGUAUUGUGGAAUCUGCCAUUCGGAUCUUCAUUAUGCUAAGAACGAAUGGCUUGCGUCUACUUAUCCACUAAUUCCAGGGCAUGAGAUUGUGGGUGUCGUCACCGAAGUAGGAAGCAAAGUAGAGAAAUUCAAAGUUGGUGAAACAGUUGGCGUUGGAUGCUUGGUGGGAUCAUGCAGAUCAUGUCAAAACUGUUCUAACAAUCUUGAACAACACUGCCCCAAGAUGAUCAUGACCUAUGCUUCGACUAACUUCGAUGGCACACUCACAUAUGGUGGCUACUCUGACCACAUGGUUUCCGAUGAGCAUUUUGUGUUGCAUUGGCCAGACAAUUUGCCACUUGAUUCCGGUGCUCCAUUGCUAUGUGCUGGGAUCACAACUUACAGCCCCCUCAGACACUACGGACUUGACAAGCCUGGUAUGAAGAUCGGCAUCGUUGGUUUGGGUGGGCUCGGUCAUGUUGCAGUAAAGUUCGCAAAAGCAUUUGGUGCUGAAGUUACAGUUUUCAGUACCACACCGGAAAAGAAGCAGGAAGCACUCGAAGUACUUAAAGCUGAUCAUUUCAUUGUUAGCAAAGACGUGGAGCAAAUGAAGGCUGCUACUGGAACACUUGAUGGUAUCCUAGAUACCGUUUCUGCACCUCAUCCAAUUGCUCCGUUUAUUGAUAUCCUCAAAACGGCUGGGAAGCUUGUUCUUGUUGGUGUGCCGGAGAAACCACAUGAGUUGCCAGCAUUUCCUUUGAUCUUAGGGAGGAAGAUUGUUGGUGGUACUAGCAUUGGAGGACUGAGGGAGACUCAAGAAAUGCUUGUUUUUUGUGCCAUGCAUGGAAUAACAUCGGAUGUAGAAGUUAUCCCGAUAGAUUAUGUGAACACCGCCAUGGAUCGUCUCUUAAAAUCUGAUGUUAGGUAUCGGUUUGUGAUCGACGUUGCAAAUUCAAUCAAGGCUCCACUUCAAACAUGA